UGUGGCUGCAUCAGCGCGUGGCUGCAACGCGACAGCUCGUUUCUCUUCUUCUUCUUCAUCCUCCUCCUCCUCCUCCUCCUCCUCCUUCACUGCUGCUGCUGCUCCUGCUGUUGUUAUCACACCGGUUCCACAAUGGAGACCAAACCGGUCAUCACCUGCCUUAAAACCCUCCUCAUCGUCUACUCCUUCGUCUUCUGGAUAACAGGAGCCAUCCUGCUGGCCGUGGGAGUAUGGGGGAAGUUGAUGCUUGGCCCGUACAUCUCCCUGAUAGCCGACAACUCCACCAACGCCCCGUAUGUCCUCAUUGGCACCGGCACCGUCAUCAUCGUCUUCGGCCUGUUUGGAUGCUUCGCCACCUGCAGAGGAAGCCCAUGGAUGCUGAAGCUGUAUGCCAUGUUUCUGUCGCUCGUCUUCCUCGCUGAGUUGGUGGCCGGCAUCUCUGGAUUUGUGUUUCGCCAUGAGAUAAAGGGAACCUUUCACAGGACGUACACUGACGCAGUCCUGAACUACAAUGCUGAGGACGAGGCGAGCCGUGCUGUGGACAACUUGCAGCACAAGCUACGUUGCUGUGGAGUGUAUAACUACACCAGCUGGUUGGCCAGUGUGUAUUAUCCCUCCAACGGUAUUCCUGCCAGCUGCUGCUUUAACUCCUCCGACUGCAACCCAGAAGAUCUCCGCAACACGACCAUAGCCCCGAACAAGGUCUUCCACCAGGGCUGCUACGAGCUGGUCACUUCAUUCAUGGAAACCAACAUGGCCAUUAUUGCAGGAGUGACGUUUGGGAUUGCCUUCUCACAGCUGAUUGGCAUGUUGCUGGCCUGCUGUCUGUCCAGGAUUAUCACAGCCAAUCAGUAUGAGAUGGUCUAGCUGACGUGACGUGGCAGGGAGAUGAAGAGAAGAAGCAACAACGAUGCUCGACACAUGACCAGAGUAAAUUCCCUGAAACACUCUCAAAUGUCUGAAUUGGAAUUUACAUCCCUCCGUCUCUCUGCCUGUGAUGUUAAUGUAAUAUUUUAAUGUAUCUUAUUGUAAAGCACCAUUCCUUGACUCACUGCUUUCUGCAUCGCACACCGCUCUGCUGCUUGAUGUUUAUUGUUGCUCGUUAGCACAUAUCUUGGAUCGGCACGGCCCACAUCGAGCAGGUAGACCCGACCUGUCUCGAGGCGGCGGCGGUGCUGGUCUCAGAUACGUGACCGGGUGCAACUUGGCUUCUCAGUUGGAUGCAGCAUGCUCGACCAAUUGCCACCAGAAGACCACCACACAUCUUUGUACAGAAUGACAUGACUAAAGCUUGACAGUAAUACUUUAAUAGAUUGGUUUAGUUUUGCAUUUGACUUUGCUAUUGCUCACUAUCGUGAACUGAUUAUGUGUAGUGACGAUGAUAUUUUAAGUUUAUGUAAAGUUUAUAUAAAAAAACUAGAAAACUGACAAUGGGGAGAAGAGGGGGAGCUGUUAGAGAGUAUUUUUUAUCUGUAGAUAUGUUUUUGACCCAAGUAUUUAAUUUAACUUGAAGGCACAUUAGGAGUUAAGUUACAUUUUCAGUUGUAAUUCGUUAUCUGGAGUUAAAUCUUAAGAACAACAAAUGUGAAUAUUUGCUGUUAAACGCCCACAUUAACUUAAAGUAACUUAAGUUAAGUACGCUUUUUAACACACUUUUAAUUAUGUUUUUUAUCAAUUAAUUAGUUUAAAUAGGAAGAGAAAUAUAUUCAUAUAUAGGAAAUCUUUAGGCCCUGUCACACCAGACCAAGAACGGAGUUUAUGCAUAAGUGGGUUUUGUACUAUUCCUAUUUUCUGGGAAUAGUUUUAAAGAAAGUGAAAAAAAUCGAUUCCGGAUUUGUCGUCUGAUCUAGAUCAGCACCAAAAUGUAAUGGGUUCUUCCCUCAACCCCCACCACAUCACCACCAAGUCUAGAGGAAAUCUGUUCAGUUGUUUUUUGUGUAAUUUUUCUUACACCCCAACAAACGGACAGGGGUGAAAACAUAACCCCCUUGGCAGAGGUAAUACAAUUUAUCAUGGCGCGACACUAACCAAGGCGCUAUUACUAUAAAGUAUCCCAACAGUGAGUGGGCAUGAGCGGUGCUAGGACCAUGAAACUGCCUCACCUAAAUCAUUUAAGUUCACCUGCUUUGACAAUUCAAAAUAACCGCAAUUAAAAUGAACUACAGCUCUUUAUACUCUUAACCCCCUAAAAGAGCAGUUCUCAGCUGUCAAGACGACUUUCCAUUGGUCAACGGCAAAAAUGUCAAGGCUAAACAAAGUUGAAUUUAGCGUGAAGUAUUUGCACAGAAUUAGCAGUUUCAUGCAGUUUCAUGCUGGUGUGACAGGGCUCUGAACUAUGCCUCUAACACCCAAUUACCUUUAAUGCGUCAGUGUGCAUCGAACAGCAUUAUUUGAACGAGCUUUGGCCUGAACGCGUCUCAAGCUGAAAAAACAGCAAAACACGAAAAGGUGGAUCGAAAAGCAUCAAGGAGUCUGAGAUUCGCGGGAUUUCCACAGUGUUCAUCUAGUAUUUACAGUAUUCUAUGUAGUGCAUCAACAUACAACGUAUUCCUUCACCACCACCAUCUGUAGAUAUGUAUUGGAAAUGUACUUUGUAUAAUGAAAUGUUUCUCAUUCUGAUAUGCUAAUUAUGUAAAUGUUGUGUCAAGAGUUUGGAUUCCACACAGUUUGUGAUGUUAAUCUGUAUUUGUUUGAUAGUUUAUAGGAAACUUGCAUUUAAAAAAAAAAAACUUGUGGCCAAUGUUUUGACAGUAACAUGUAAUCGUUUAAAUGCAGCUGUAUAUUUAUUCUUAUUUGGUUGGCAUUAAGUUUACAGGUUCACCAAGUGGUUUUCUAUCGCUCUUUCAGUGUGUGUGUGUGUCUGUGUAUAUGUGUGUGUGUGUGUUUUGUGUGUGUGUGYGUGCGUGCGUGCGUGUGUGUGCACGUGCGUGUCUGUGUGUGUGGGUGAAUGACCCUUCUGACCUGGUGUUGGCAUACGUCUUGGGUGAUCUGAUCACUAGUGCACGAGUCUAAUUUGAGCGUUGGGAGGUCAGAUUGCUCAGAGCACGCUCAGAGGUGGUGGGAUUCACAUGGCCUCAGUCAUUUUGGCUGCGUGAAUGCAAAUGCAUCCUGGGCCACACUGAAGGAUCGUCGACUCAGCUGAUGUCCUCUGGCUCUUUCUCUCCUCGUCUCAAACACACUGACCAUGGAACAAAUUGUAUAGUCGGCUAAAAACCACAGAAUUCGGUCUUUGCAAACAGAAAUUAUAGAUGUUCAUUAGAUCUGAUCUGUCACUCUGCACGCCUCCUGAUGCCAGGUGUGAAACGACGUUGAUCAGAUCACCUGAGACGGAUGUUAAAAUCCAGUUUGUGUGUGUGUGAGAGAGCAUCUUGAUUUUGUGGAUCCUGCUGUUUUCAGUUUUUGGUCAGUAUUUGGUUGUGGCUUCUCAAGGGACAAAACCUUGUUGCUUUCAAAGCUGUACAUUUAUUUAGUGAAUGUAUGUUUUCCUGACUCCACUCUGAAACUUAAUUUUCCUUCCUCGAGCUGAUAUUGUCCUGUAAAUACUAAAUUGUAAUACCAUCUAGCGUACACAUGGGGUCAUUAGACACUCAAAAAGAAUUGCACCAUCUACUAUUGACUAAGUCACCAUCAGUGGUCUUAUUAUCAUUAAAUA